AUGAGUUCAAAUUCUUCUGCAUCGACAGCUUUAGGGACUGUAGCUACAGUAUGCUGGUGUAUCCAACUUAUUCCACAGAUUUAUUAUAAUUGGAAACGAAAGGAUUGUACCGGAUUUCCUCCAAUCAUGAUGUUCCUUUGGGUCGUGUCUGGAAUUCCUUUCGGUAUAUACUUUUGCAUCAGUAGAGCAACUUUGAUUUUACAGAUACAGCCCCAUUUAUUCAUGUUUUUCUGUUGCAUCAGUUUUAUACAAACAUGUUAUUAUCCUCCUGUUAAAUUAAACGUUUGGAAAAUUGCUCUGAUAUUGAUAGGUAUAGCUAUAUCAGCAGUUGGAUUAGAGGUUGGGUUUGUACUCGGAUUACGUCCACUAUAUGAUAGAGGUAUCAAAUGGCCUGACCUAAUAUUUGGUAUUAUCGCUACAAUACUAUUAGCUGUGGGCUUGCUUCCACCAUAUUUUGAACUUGCAAAGAGGAACGGCAGAGUUGUAGGAAUUAACUUUCUAUUCCUGUUCGUCGAUUCAUUGGGAGCAUGGUUGUCUAUUUGCAGUGUCGCAUUAGGUAAUAUGGAUAUAAUGGGGAUUAUAUUAUAUGCUGUAAUAGCUGCUAUGGAACUAGGUAUUUUCUUAUCUCAAUUCAUUUGGUGCUGCAGAUUCAAAUGGCUUGGAAAUGAAAAGUCACCUCCUUCAGAUAUAGUGUCUACCGAAGAUGACGCUAGUAGACUGUCCAGUAACUUAAAUGAAGAGACAUUCAAGAAUGAAGAAGUUGAACGUAAGGGAAAAGAGGAAGUGCAUAUUGCCCGCCAGUCUAGCUGGGACAAGGACUUAGAAUUGGGACAAUAG